GGCAUUUCUAGAGUGGGAUUUGGCGCUCACGUAUUUUUUCUAUGACAAAUAGCAUUGGCAGUCGUUAUAGUAGUCUUUCUACAAUGAGCUCCAACUCAGAAAGUACAAAGUCAAAGACACUUGGUGGCCUAACUCCAGGAAGCAAGGAAGAAAAAGCAGCGUUGGCUGAACUUCGCCACGAAAGACUUUUAUUCUGUCUAGGUAGUUUGUUGGGAACUUACGUAGAGGUGGAAGUAAAGGGUGGUUCCGUUUUCCGAGGCAUUUUUCAUGGUGCCUCUAAAGAACUUGGUUUAUGCUUGAAGUAUUGUCACUUACUGGAAGAAAGAACAAAAACUAAAAAAAAUGUGAUUGAAACUUUGGUGGUUGAACCCAAGGACUUUGUUCAGUUGAUUGCGAAAGACGUGGAUUUUCAAAACGAAGACUGUGUGAAAGCAUCUUUUUCUUCGCAUAGCGACUGGAACACUGAUGCAGAGAUUGCAGCGAGAACAGGCACAACAAGUGCUGGAGGUGCAAGAGAAUUGCAACCUUUUGAAGAAAUAGUUUCUUUACCGGAAGACGCUUCCCAAGGUGUUACUUUUGGUGAUUUAGAUUCUUCUGUAGUACCGGAAUGGGACCAAUUUGCCCUCAACAAGGAAAAGUUUGGAAUCAAAAGUACUUUCAAGGAGGAGCUCUACACAACGAAGCUAGACCGUUCAGCCCCAGACUUCGAUGCAAAGUUACGAAAAGCUGAAGAAUUGGCUCAGCAAAUUCGAAGGGCAGAAACGACGAACAUCCAUUUGAAGGAAGAGAGAGGACAGGAGCUAGAAAGAGAUUAUGAUGAGGAGUUACUUUAUGGUGCUGUCGUCCGAGAAAAUGAUGCCGUGGAGAGCAAUCAAAAGUCUUAUGAGAAAAAAUCUACAAAGUCAUCCAUGUCUGUAGUGAAAGAGGAGUUGAAUGGAGACUCAGACUCGAUAACUCCUGCGGAGUCCUCAUAUGUGUCAGAUUUUCGGCAAAGAACGACGGAAGAAUUCCGCAGAUUCAAGGAAGAGAUGGAUAAAAAAGUCAAAAGCUCUUCAGUGUCCAAAAAUGAGAAUAAUGAAUAUGAAGAGCGUAUUAAUGAUGGGAGAUCAAUUCAUGAAGACAGUGCAAUAUUUCAACUACCAAAGAAUGUUAAGGAUAAUAGAGUUUUUGAAAACUCUAACGAGUCGGAAAAGUUACCGACUACCUCACGGCUCAAUGUUCAUGCCGCAGAGUUUCGACCAGGUCAAGGAUUUAUUUAUCAUGCACCCAACACCGGAAGUGAGCAUAGUUUUACAUCCAUGCAUGAAGAUUCAACUCUUGCACAAGAAUUUGUUUCACUUUCAACCAAUGAAGUUGCCAAAUCUAACAUGCAUACGGAAGGAGUUGAAGCACCAACCGCGACUCCUGAAGAAGAGGAGGCAUCUUCUUUAAAUAAUAUGCGCAUGAGUUAUCAGUCAGUGAAUUAUCCUUAUGGUUCAUAUUCCGUUUCUGCGCCAUUUGAAGGCUCACCUACAUUUGUUCCUUAUAAUAUGACAGUUGGAUAUGAUGCCAAGUCAGGUUUCGCAAUACCUCCCAAUGUCACCUCACCUCCAAUGAUGGGUCGUAAUAUGGCUCCAUCGUUUACAGUGCCCAUGAAUACGUAUCCCAUGCCAAAUAUUCCUCAAACAAUGAAUGUGCCAUAUUACUAUGGACCUGGUCAACAGUUUUAUUAUGCAACAGCAUAUCAUGGAAUGUUGAAUCCAGCACACUAUGUACCCAAUUUCCCUAUACCGUCAGCAGCAGUUGGAAGUCCAGUUAUAGGAGGAUUUCAACCAAGAUCUCCACCCAAUGAUUGGGUUCCUGGUAAUGACGCAUCUCCCUAUCUCGGUCCUGUUUCUUUUCCACCGUCAGUGAGGUCUAGUCAACGAGCCGCUAUGGGAGUUCCAGUUUCCCCAAAACAGAACUCAGAACAAACAACUGGAAAUGAGAGCAAAGUCUCAAAAUAAUAAUAUUUAUUAGAUACGAAGAAAUUGCGUAGAGUAUGA